UUUGUGCUAAUUGGACAAAAAAAAACUGAUUCACGAACGAAACGAAGAAAGACACCACGAACGACGACCUAGCGGCGCGGAAAAGUGUCGAAAAAAGGGAAUAUUCUCACUCGCCAGAGCACGGGAAAAGUGCUUUCCCCGACGGUACGAAAGGAAAUCGAGGAUUGAGUGCAUUGUGCGUGCUGUGUGCGGCGCGUUCUUAUAUAAUACAAUCGGCUCCAGCGAACCCUCUCGGGCAAGUCCAGUCGUCGUCCUCGUCGUUGUCGUCGUCGUUGUCGUCGUUUGUCUCAACAGAGUUGCACAGCCUGUUCUUGGUGUGGGGCGAGGCGGUGGUGCAUUCCACCGAAAUUUAUCCACUCACUACCCUUUUCCCACUGCAAAAGUGUUCUUCACCACGAAAAGUGGCAACAAAACGCAUCUCACACCGUGUAAAAGUGCAGACGAGACGAGAGAGAGAGACAAAAAAACCGCAGACUCACUCUUGCCCCAGCAGAGGAGGGAACGGAAGCCGCAUCAAAUCAUUCUCCCCCCAGCAGUAGAGUGCGACCGUGCGGUUCCGGCUGUUCACUAACGUGCGCUUACACUGCCCAUAUCCGUGAGCCCCUGGUGAUAAGAAGCGGAAGUGAAAGAGAGUGAAGAAGAGUGAGAGAAAGAGAGGGAGAGUGCGUGUGUGAGAGAGAUAGGGAGAACAAAAGCACCGCACAAAGUCAAUUGGUGAUUAGGGAGGAUAGACUGCGCUGGCUGAAUUGAUCCCGAAACUCCGAACAGCGGUCGUCCCCCUACUGUGAGUGGUGCACAAACCGGGAAAUCCAUCCCAAACCAAACCGAACCGAACCAAUCAUCAUGAAUUUCCUCCGGUUUGGCCAGUCGGCCGACAUCGACGUCGUGUUCGAUGGGGCCGAAAACCGGCAGCAGGCGGAAAUCAAAACAGAGGACGGCAAGAAGGACAAGUACCUGCUGUACUACGACGGCGAAACGGUGGGCGGAAAGGUGAACAUUACGCUCAAAAAACCGGGCAGCAAGCUGGAACACCAGGGUAUCAAAAUCGAGCUUAUCGGUCAAAUUGAAUUGUAUUACGAUAGGGGCAAUCAUCACGACUUUCUGAGCCUGGUGCGCGAGCUGGCCCGGCCGGGCGACCUCAUCCAGAACACGUCAUAUCCGUUCGAGUUUGCGAACGUGGAGAAACCGUACGAGGUGUACGUCGGCUCGAACGUUCGAUUACGAUACUUCCUGCGGGUGACGAUUGUGCGCCGGCUGAGUGAUAUCGUGCGGGAGGUGGACAUUGCUGUGCAUACGCUGUCGAGCUAUCCGGACACAAACAGUCCAAUCAAGAUGGAGGUGGGCAUCGAGGACUGUUUGCACAUCGAGUUCGAGUACAACAAGAGCAAGUACCACUUAAAGGAUGUGAUUGUGGGCAAAAUCUAUUUUCUGCUGGUGCGCAUUAAGAUUAAACACAUGGAAAUAGCCAUCAUCAAGCGGGAACAGACUGGUUCGGGACCUAACAUGUACACGGAGAACGAAAUUAUCGCCAAGUACGAAAUCAUGGACGGGUCGCCGGUGAAGGGUGAAAGCAUACCGAUCCGGGUGUUUCUCGCCGGGUACGACCUCACCGUGACGAUGCGCGAGAUUAACAAGAAGUUCUCGGUCCGCUACUUCCUCAAUCUGGUGCUAAUUGACACCGAAGACCGGCGGUACUUCAAACAGCAGGAAAUCACGCUCUGGCGCAAGGCGGAAAAGACGCGCAAAUCGCUCACGCCGUCGCAGGCGGCCGCCAUUGCCGCGGCCCAGGGCGGUGCGGCCGGGCUGAUGCCGGGCCAGCUGGUGGCAGCGACGGGCUCGAGCAAUAACCCGCACAUACCUCACCAUCUCGUCGGGCAGGGUACGAUGAGCUCGCUCGCCUCGAAGGAGCUGCCGUCCGGCGUGGGGGGCACCGGUGCGGCCGGUGCUGGCGGACUGCUCGGGGACGGUAGUGCCGAUGAGGACAGUGUCGGCGGGCUGAAGCGUUCGGACGAUUCCAAUCCAAUUAUGGGACUGUUUACGGAGGACAAUUCACAGGCGGAUUUACGACCUAAACCGGCGGUGCGACAGCGUAGCGACGAUGCGCAGCAAGACAACAGCUCUCGCUCGGUAAACAGCAACUUGAAGCUGGGUGAAAUGCCCCUACACGUCGAACCGGAUGAAGAUUCGCUGCCCGAGCAGCAGCAGCAGCAGACCCAGCCGACCCAGCAGCCCCAGUCGGCACAGCAGCAUCUGCACCGGGAGGCCGGCGAUGGUGCCGCCUCGAUAUCGCAAACGACGGACGAGGAAACGUCCUCCCUGUUCGAUGCGAACGAUUUGAGUUUCAAUGCGGCCAGCAGCAGCAACCCGUCGGCGAACGUAGCCGCCGCCCCAGCGACGAUCGUGGCUGAUCCGACCUCCUCGCCGACGGUGAGCAGCUCGAUAACGAAACCAAUGGCGGGCGAGGAAGCGGCCGACGAUGAAACCGGAGUCUCGGCAAGCAGCAGGGACACCGAACAGCAGCAGCAGCAGCAGCAGCAGGACGAAGAGACUGCGCCCAUGCCAGAGGUGACGAGUACGGAGGUCAAUGCAAGCAACAGCAGCAGCACCACCACCACUACGACAAGUCCGAUGCCGCCUACGGCGACAGCAGCCACGGCAGUGUCGAGCUCUGCUUCAUCACCGCCCCCAUUGGCGGCGAAACCGGCCAAACCUCGAAAGCCAGUGCUCGAAUAAGCGGCAGGAAAUGCGCCAUUUAUAAUACGCCAAUUUGCUCUUGAAUCCUCUGGUCUGCGCUGGUCCAUACGUCCAUGUUGCCCGCCGUUUUGGUGGUUAUGAGGGGAAAGUAAGAAGCAAUGGAGUUACAUGUUAAAGGAAGGAAGAGAGCGAAAGCUAGCUGAUACUACACACGAGCACCAAUUGCAGGCACCAGGAGCACACGGGAGCGUUUGUGGAGGUGUGCAGGAUAAAAGUGAUGAAUCGGACGUAAAGCGAACGCGCGAUAGCAUAUAUAUAUAUAUAUAUAACGAAAUGUUUCUUAUUUUCUGUUAUAUAGGAAACAAAUUAUCCCUUACUAAGAGUUGGGCAAGUUGAAAGCACGCACCCUUGGGUGAAAAAGAAAUGUGCAACAAUGCAGUUGCAUACUCAGCGGUUCGAUAGGAAAGAGAGAAGAAGGAUUUUAAAAUCAAUGGCACACGAUCGUUGUAGGGAACGGUGGGAAGCGCAAAUCGCAUGGCUGGCUGGGAUGAAUGAGCAUACACUUUUGGUUUUGGUUGCUGUAUGACAAAAUCCACCCGUCCGAGGUGGUUUGAGCGAAAUUUCAUCGACAAUUUCGAUGAGGCAAGCAGCAGCAGGCUGGGAAAGACACUUCAGUGCGAAAUGAUCGUUGCCCACUCGGUUCGGUUCACUCACAGUUCACACACACACAACCCUAUCAAAUUUAUCGAUGGUUUACGGUUUUGAAAACAUUGCAGAUCAGCUGGACAGGGGUUGCUGCUUUUUAUUUAGUCAAUUUUUGGCUGUACACGGGCACGAAAUCGAAUUUGUGAAAAAACGUCGCGAAAUGUAGGUGUAAAGAGCUCUAGUAGCCGUACGCAGUGUUAUAUCAGUUGCGUGCGGUGGAAACGGAACGUUAAUAAUUACUUUGUAAGCUUUGCUAAACUAGGUUUUAAGGUAUCACCCAUCCUAUCCCAUCCCUUUGUGUCUGGCAGGUUAUUAUAUCCAAAUUUGCCCCAGGCCCCUUUUGAUUUAGUAAGGUAUAUUACAUAGUGGCAAAUUAUUCCUGUUGUAUUUUCGACACUGUUUUCUUCUCUCCCUUUUUUGCGUACUACACUACUCUAAGAAGGAACGGGGGCGAAUGGGUCGUUGCGCACGCUGGCUCCGUAGCUCCUGUAACGGACUGUUGAAAAAAAAAAAACAAAACAAAAACGUUGUUACUACAUUUAAGCUAGAUGUGAGGAUGAUUGAUUGCAAAACAGAUCGUGUGUGCUAAUGUGCGGGAUGGCAAAAGGCACAUGCAAAAAAAUAACACAUGCUCCUAACACGUAUAUGAAUGAGACAGCAGUAGAUACAGGUCUUCUGCUGCAAAGGCGGAAUGAAGAAAAUCGAUUAAAAAUUAACAAGCGGGAUAAUGUAAGCACUUGCACACGUGGUUAUGUAUGCCGUAUUAUGAACACAACUGAAACUGAUUUAACAACAAUUUAGGCAAACCUAGACAGAGGAGGGAGUGAUAACAAACAGCAACAACAAAAACUAUAAGAAGUAUAUAUAUAUUGAAAAUAAACAUGCUAAGUAUAUGAAAUCAGAAAGCAAA